UUGGGACGAAACACAAAACGCUUUGCGCCUGUUCCCAGGGUUAUGCUCUCACUCGACCUCACCCCUAUGCAUAUUAUAAUUUCUUGAUUCCCAUAUGGCAUGGAGGCAAAUUCUAUUCUUCAACAAAAGAUUACUGUCAACCCCUUCUAUUUCUGUUACUGGGUUGGCAAGCUUUUCAUCGAAAUCCAAUCCUUACGUAGUGAAGGUUGGGAUACCGGAGUGUUUGAGUGGAGUGGAGAAAGGAUUGGAGCAGCAUGUGGAAAAGCUGGAGUCUGAAUUUGGCGACUUGCAGAAGCUUCUUGUGGCCCGCACCAUUAAGCUCAAGAGAAUCGGCCUUAAAUGCCAAGAGAGGAAGUUGAUAUUGAAGUAUGCCCACAAGUAUAGGCUUGGACUCUGGAGGCCAAGGGCCGAGCCGGUGAAAUCUUAACGACUCUUUGCUUGGGCAGUAUGAUAGAGUUAACUGUUGUGCUGGUUGGUAGUCGGUGUCUACAAGACUUCAUAAUCACAGGUUCUAAAUGUGCUUCGAGCCUCUCUCUUUUCUGCCUCCCUAUGGACAUUCAUUUGGUGAUUGCUAGUUGUUUACUAGGCAGAAAACAUGCACAUUUCUUAAGGUUGAAGAGCAAGGUACAAUUCGAGCCAAAGGUUUAUAUAUAUAUGUCUUUUUUUUUUGAGAAUUUGAAAGAAAGAUUCACCUUUAUUAUCUCCGUAGUUGUUUUUUUCCUUUCCCCCUUUUUUUUCAGUAGAAUAAGAUAGUUUUAUCGUCCAAUUGAUGUUAAAAUGUUGUGCCUAACAUUACAAAGUAGAAGUAGAGGGAACACAUUUAUAUUAACAGGCUAAGUUAUUACAGAGUAAAUAAUGUAUUUGUUUGUAAUUCAUCUUUAAGAUACUCCUAUGUUGACAGUCAAGUUCAUUUUU